ACAGGUGUCCACUGACUUUUGGUACGUAGUCUAGACCUGGUAUAAAAAUGAUGUACAAACGGUGGGUGACACAAUACAAGUUACCCCCACAUGCCUACCCACAAGUUGAUCUCAAGAUGAUGUCCUAAUGCAUUAGAAAGGGAAAAACUCAGUUUAGAGUAUUAGCCAACUUGUUGAGAUUCCAGAAGAAUAAGAGGGAGAAAUGACCUUUAGGGGGUUUACAAAGCUCCCAGUUGGCUGAGUUCCACGGAAAUCCACAUAAGCACACAUUAUUUGUAGACAGGGCCGCAAUCCAGUUAUUAAAGAGCUUUUUCCUCCUGAGAAAUACCAGAAAACACAAGGUCUGUGAACACCGCACUCCGUUCUUUUUUUAGCUGGAAACUCCUCCCUUAUAGCAUGUGAGAGGGGGAAAGGUUCAGGCAAUAGCUAUGUGUUUGCCAAGGACUGGUUGAGCUCCCUGAAUGGAAGUUGGCAGUACCUCUGGCUAAAUCGUACUUUGGUUUCAUAUUUUAGGGCAGGUUUGGCACGAGGCUGCACAAUGACGACUGAUUGGGAUUAUGACUACCUGAUCAAGCUCUUGUCGUUAGGGGACUCUGGAGUGGGGAAGACCACUUUCCUCUACAGGUACACCGACAACAAGUUCAACCGCAAGUUCACCACCACAGUGGGAAUAGACUUCAGGGAAAAGAGAGUGACGUAUUUGGGGACUGGCUCUAAUGGAACGACAGAGAAGACUUUUAAAGUGCACCUACAGCUCUGGGACACAGCAGGGCAAGAGAGGUUCAGAAGUCUCACUACAGCCUUCUUCAGAGACGCAAUGGGCUUCCUUCUUAUGUUUGAUCUGACCAAUCAGCAGAGUUUUCUGAAUGUCAGGAACUGGAUGAGUCAGCUACAGGCAAAUGCCUAUUGUGACAGUCCAGACAUAGUCUUAGUUGGCACCAAAGCAGACCUCAAAGACCUGAGAGAUGUACAAGGAACACAAGCCAGGGACCUGGCGGACAGAUAUUGUGUCCCCUACUUUGAGACGAGUAGUGCCACAGGGGAUGAGGUAGACCAGGCAGUGACCACUCUGCUGGACCUGGUGAUGAGGCGCAUGGAGCAGAACACAGAGGGGCCUGUGUCAGAGGCUGCCAAUGGGAGCGCAGUCAUUAACAAAGUGGCCGAAACCUCCACCAGCAGGAAGUGUGCCUGUUAGGAUGUAAGCCACAUUUCAUGGACAUGUGGUUGGCUGCAUUCAGAAUGAAGGACCAUCCAUUCAAAUGUGUAACUAUUGCAUCAUAGGAGUUUUAUUAUAUUGGAAAGUUCAAUUAUCCCAUACAGUAUUUUAAGGAUGUGUAUUAUCCUCUUAUGCAAUAAUGUGUGUUUAUUUUUGGAUUGAUAACUGCUGCACUGGCUAAUUAUUCCCAACCUGGUUAGUAUUAUUUUCAGAGUCUGUACUUGUGCUGUAUGUUAAUGACCCAGAUACAAGUA